AUGGAGGACCGACUGGAUGAAGAAAACUUGAAUGAAGAGGCCAGCGAAAACCGACCCUCUACUAGCACUGGAACUCCGACAUUCAGCGAGCUCCUGCAGGGCUUGAAAAGAAACCUUUGCUUACUCUCAUUCAGUAUCACGGAGGAGCACAAAGUAGCGCACAAGGUGGCGGAUGCUAUUUUUACCAGUAUAGAGAAUAUGAUUUCUCAUUUGAUGGAGCAGUUUGCUAGCUUGAUCAGGCAUGAGUUGUGUCCUCCUCCGGGCAGACUGCCUUGCGACCUCGAAGCACUUCUAGAUGUGAGCUUUGUGAGCCGAAUCUUCAGCUCAGUGAAAACAGCUUAUCAACGACAGCAGUUUGCUAAGCAGACACUCCCGUACGUGGAGGCCCGUGAAGUUGAAAUUGCGAAUACUGGGCACACUUUUCAGUACGUGUCUGUUGGAAGCGUGAUCAAGAAUGUGCUGCAGCAGAAGGAUUCCACCAAAAUGAUGGCUCCAGAUCCGACAUCCAAUCCAAGUGAUUGUGCAAGUACAGUCUUCAGGGACUUCAGAGAUGGAAAAAUCUACAGAAGCUUGGUACAAGACGCCACAGUGAUGACAAUCUGCAUUGUCAUCUAUACCGACGAACUUGAGAUCGUCAACCCGUUGGGCUCCAAGAGAGGUGUGCACAAGUUGACUGUGAUCUACUUCAGCUUACUGGACAUGCAUCCGAGGUAUCGAACAAAGCUAAAGCAUAUAUACUUGGCUGUCAUAGCAAAGUAUGCAGACGUCACGAAGUAUAGUUUGAACGCGAUCUGGCAGCCGCUGCUAGAUGAAUUGCAUCAGCUGUACACGAUCGGCCUCAGGAUUGAUGGGUUUCCCCAGGCUGUGAAGGUGGUAGUCCUAGCUGUUUGUGGAGACAACCUGUCCCAGCACAAACUGGCUGGAUUUACGUGUAGCUUUUCUAAGGGUCGUGUGUGCCGCUUCUGCAUGGCCUCUGCUAAUAAGCAUCACGAGAUCACCAGGGAAGACCUGUGUCAAGUUCGGACUUGCGAUAUUCACCGUGUUCACCUUGCAGCGGUAAGUGUCAACUCUGACCUGAAUUGCAAGCUUUAUGGCGUUGCUGGAAUGUCCCCACUAGCCACAUUGCCGUACUUCAACGUGACUGCGCAAAUGGCCCCCGACAUUAUGCAUGACCUUUUUGAAGGUGUUUUUGUCUAUGUCAUUCGUCACGUUUUGAAGGGCCUGAUCACUGACAAGGUCCUCGCAAAAUCGGAUCUCGAGAAAGUCGUUAACUUUCCGUAUGGUUAUAAUGACAGGAAGAACCGACCGGAGGAGAUAAGCCCCUCGUUUAUCGCUGGGGCAAGCAACCUGAAAGGCACCGCGUGUCAAAAAUGGUGUUUGUUUAGACUUAUGCCCUUGAUAUUCUCUUCGUCUGUGCCCGAGGGCAACCCACACUGGGACGUCCUGCUGAAGCUACAGCAUGUAGCGGAUAUCAUCCUUGCAGAGCAGAUGCCAGACGACAUCGUUGCUUAUUUAGAAGUCGCUGUCGAAGCCUUCCUGAAAAGCUUCUGCGCAAUGUACCCUGACGUUGGACUAAUCCCCAAAAUGCACUACAUUGUCCAUUAUGCGCGGAUGACUGAAGGGCUUGGGCCACUUCGCCAGUUUUGGUGCCUUCGUUUUGAGGCUAAACACCAAUAUUUUAAAAGCUUGGCAACGAAGGUUAAGAAUUUCCGCAACAUCUGCCAAACUCUGGCGUCCAGGCAUCAGCUGCUGCAGGCGUACCAGAUGACGUCUGCUCGUAAAGAGCCCCGCAUUGUGUGUGCAACUGAAGUAAGUGUGCAAGACUUGCCGGUAUGCGCGCAGAGCCUGGCUGAGGAGGGCACUGUACUGAGAGCAAGCAGUGUCUCGCUGGACUCCGGCUCCUACAAAGUGGAGGACGUUCUCGUGAUGCAGAAGGCUGAACCGCCAAUCUUUGCGCGGGUGGCGGAGAUUUACGCAACAGCAGAAAGAGUCGCUCUUGUUUUGGAGAUGUUGAGGGUCCAAGAGUUUUGUAGCCAUUCCCAUUCGUUUAAGGUUUCUAAAACAGACUUGUUCGAACUCUCUGAACCUGGGAUGGAGGCCUCAUGGCAGCGACUAGACAUGUAUCUUGGAACGUAUCUGUCCCCGCGGUGCGAAGUUUUAUUUUAG